AUGCUUUAUGCUUUUAUUGCUCUUUUUCUUGGAGUGCUGGCUAUGAGCCACUCUGAAGCAUUCGAAAUAUUGCCUACUCGAGUGACUCAUGUAAAUGCUGAUCAUGGCGUUUGGCAACCCUCGGGUGCUGUGGUAUUAAAAGAAGGUGUUGCCUGUGCUCGUGCUCACCAGGAUUCUUGUCCCCAAUGUUCCCAAGAAGCAACAGCGGUUUGCACAUCCGAUGGAGCCAGGAGUUUUUUGGUUCAGCAAACAAAUUAUCCGUUUUGUGGAGACCGUGGAGUUGUUGUAAACAAUUCUCUUUUUUGCCCUUUAAACUUGAAGCAGAUUAACUCGAGUGUGAUUAAUGUUACGGUUGUUUCUUAUGAAUGGGUAGAUUCUCUUGUGGAAACGCCAAGGGAGGAUUUAGUGAUGUCGUUCCACUAUUGGCCUGGGGAAGAGAUCAAGGAUAUUAAUUUUAAGGGUAACUCGUUGUUUUUCCCGGGAGAAAAUCUUUAUAUUAUGAAUGCAGUCGUGGUAAGAGAAAAUUCUACUACUGAUCAUGUGCUUUUCUACUCAUCUGAUGGCCAGGUUUGGAAUGCUCAAAGCAAGAUACCUCUGGAUGUUGUGGAUAAAACUGCUCUUUCUCAAAGUGGAAAAUAUCAGAUUGCCGUGUCAGCAUAUACAAAGGGAGAGCAUAAAAUUACUUAUUCCUUCUACAAAGGAACGAGAUGGAGCACCCCAAAAUACUUGAAUACAUCAUUGCCGCCGACAGCCUUAAUUGUUGGGACAGGUAUUAUGAUACAAACUGGGUUAUCUAAUCACACCACUUCACUUGAGCUUGGUGGGUCUGUUGAAGGGAGUUCAAAAAAAAAGUUAUUUCAUAUUGUUGAUCUUUAUAAAAAUAAGACGGAACACAAUGAACUUCCUCAAGAUUUUACAACCGAAUGUAUAGAGGAGUCAUCCUGUUUGACAUCUUCUCAUGUUGCACUUAUGAGUUUGCAACCAGGCUAUAUAACUGCGCUAUUUGAUUUUGUUUCUGGUGAAUCGCAGCGGAAAACUAUAGCUGCAGUCACUAUGGAGGUGGAUGACUCGGAGGAAAAGGAGGAAAUAAUCCAAGCAAAGAAGAAAGCUGAAGAAAGUACCAGGCUAAUGGAAGAAUUGAAACGAAAAGUUGCACAGGAAAGGGCUGAAAGAAAAAGGAAAGAACGUGAGGAAAAGCGAAGGAAGGAAAGGGAAAGAAGACGGCGAUUUAUGGAGGCUGAUUUUGUAAAUAUUGAGGCUGCAAAAUCAAGAAUAAUAGAGGAUGGUGAGAUGAUCGUUGUCCGAGAGGUAAUUGAAGAAAUGAUUGACAUGGAAAAAAGUACCUUUUUUUGGUAA